AUGCUUUCCACCUUCAAAAGAGCAUUUUCAACCUCGUUUACACAUUUCAAAAUGUCAAUCCCAAAAACCUCGGCUGCAGUUUAUUUCAAAGAGCAAUCGGAGAGUCUUGACGUUCUCACGUUUGACCCGGAGUACGCCACUCCACAGAUCCAAUCUCCCACCGAGGUCCUGAUCAAAAACAGAUAUGCCGGUAUCAAUUUUAUCGAGGCCUACUUCAGAAAGGGCAUUUACCCUGUGACCGAGCUUCCAUAUGUUCUGGGACGUGAGGCCUCGGGUACCGUUGCCGCAAUUGGCUCGGAAGUCAAAGACCUUUCUGUUGGUGACAAGGUUGCGUAUUUGUCAGGAAAAACGUUUGCCCAGUACACCCUUUUUGACACGGCCACGAAUCACCGUUACUUGAAGCUUGACCCUGCAACCACUGACAAGGAGUUGCUCCUCUAUGGGUCUGCUCUGGUUCAGGGUUUGACGGCAUUGACUAUUAUUGAGGAUAGCUACCCUGUUAAGAAGGGCGAUGACAUCUUAGUCACAGCAGCCGCUGGUGGUGUUGGUCUUUUGCUUGACCAAUUGAUUUCGGGAAUUGGGGCAAGAGUCAUUGCUGUGGCCUCUACUGCUGACAAGUUGGAGUUGGCCAAGAAGGCAGGUGCUUCGGUUGUAAUCAAUUCCGAGACUGAAGACGUUGUGGCACGUAUCAAGGAAGCUACAGGCGGUAAAGGUGUCGAAGCCUCUUUCGACGGAGUUGGAAAAGCCACCUUUGAGAUUUCUUACGAGUCAUUGGCCAGAAAGGGCAGUUUGGUUUCCUUUGGUAAUGCCAGUGGCACGGUUCCCCCAUUAUCCAUCAACAGAUUGUCUCCCAAGAACCUCAAACUAGUGAGACCACAGGUUUUUGGAUACACCGCAACCAAGGAAGAAUGGCUGUACUACUCAUCCAAGCUGGUUGGGCUGCUUAAGAGCGGCAAGCUCAAACUGGACAUCACCGAAGUGUUCCCAUUGAAGAAUUUCAAGUUAGCAGCCGAGAAACUUGAGGGCAGGAAAACCACCGGAAAGCUGGCGUUGGAGAUUCCAGAGUAG